AAUACUAGUUAUAUUUUCGAGCACUUAACAGGAAAAUAAUAUCUUAAGACUUUUAAUAGGUUACGUAUUGUUUUGAAUAUUUGUUCUAGUCGAGUAUUCACAUAAAGAAACAUGCGAACAGAUCUUCGGCCAUUAAUAUUUUAUAGAAAAGGACAAUUAUUAAAAUACUCAGUAUAAGAAGAUCUCCUUCAACAUUGAUCUGCACAACGUUUUACUUCUUUUUUAAUCCAAUAAAAACUAAGAAAUGCAACCAUUGAACUCGAGCAUUGAUAAAGCAAAACAUUUUUUCGUAGAGAGCGGGAUCUUGGGACCCGUUAACUUUAAAUAUUCGCAUGACAUAAUUCGGAAGACGUCUACCAUUCACAUUGACGAAACUCUUAAGAAUCAGAUACGAAAAACAUCAUUGGGUAUGCGAUCGAGGGUAUUUAGCGAAAAUAAUUCAUUAAACAGUUUCGACGAUACACUUAUAAAUCUUCAAAACGAAAUCUAUAACAUAAGAGAUUCAUUAGUCAAUGGAGAGACUAAAAUCAUACUUCUCCGCACUGAAAUUGGCAAAUUAAAGGAGUCACUACAAGCAAUUAUGAAUGUACAGAUGACGGCUCUUGAUUCCUCUGAUGAGUUGAUCACGAAAAUUAAAGCUUCCACACCGAAUCUUUGUUUAUUUUGCACACCUAAUAGAUAUAAAAAGAUCGCAGAGUUUCAGUCCUUUUAACAAAAUCCUUUUUAACAAAAAUUAAUAUUAAGAACAAAUUUUGUUAAAAAUACAUAUUUGUAUUAAAUAGGUAUUAUAAUUAGGUAUAACACUGAUACUUAAUAAUCAAAAAAAAUACACAUUUCAAUUUAACUUUUAUAUUUGGUUUGCCUUGUUUUUAAGAACAAUUGCUGCCAACGCUUUAUUAUUAAAUGUAAUGUUACACUUUUAGAGUAUAAUUUUAUCUGUUACUUUUAAAAUUAUAGCGAGUAUAUACAAUAAAUAAAUAACGUUUUUAUAACAUAUUUUAUAUUCUUAAAUAAAAUUUAAAAACUUAUUUCUAUAAAAAUCACUUUCAAGGUUCAGGACACACAAAAAUUGCACAUAUUCCGGAAAUUAAAAUUACGAUAGGCUCAUUGAAAAAAGCUGUAAAACUAAAUAACGAAGUAUAGAUUGAAAAACUUGGAGCAUUUUAUUGCAGAGGUUAUUAUAUAUAAACAAAAAAAUUUCAGUUAAGUACAGCAAUGUGUCCUAAUCCAUGACUUUUAAAUUACGUUAUUCUAAUUUAUAUAAUAGAGCAAUCGGUCUAGGCAUCCAAUAUUUGUGUUUUCACAAUUCUUAUCUUGUAAAUAUAAACACCAUGUUUAGGUUUGUGGAAAUUA